AUGCUACAAUUCAACUCCAGUAGUCGUGGUCUAAGUCAGGGGCCGAAGACACCCGAACCUUCAGCCCCUGGCGACGAGUUAAGACUUCCAUCACCACCACGGCCACGAUUGAAACUAAAGAGACGACAUGUAUCUCAGCACCUAAACGCGCCAACCCAGCAGUUUUUGGCGUCGGUCGCGGCAGCGGAUGUGCCAGUUCCAAGUAUCGAAGUAGAGGAGCCCGACAGUAUGGAAAUAUACGAGCACUUAAAUGCGCCAACUUUUUCGCCUCCGAAGACGCCUGCAAUAGAGUUCGCGCCGCCUUCCGAAACAAAGUUUCCCGACUGGUCUGUUGGGUCCGAGUGGAGCUACUCGGAUGUCGAGUCAAGUCCUGAGUACGAGUCUAGCAGGCCAUCAACAGCAUUUUCCACUCAAACUAGUUCUUCGUUGUUCAGUCAAUUCUCGCAUGCUUCCGAGGAUGGCAAUUAUAUGAGCCCAGAGCUUAAGGCUCUAGAAUUCCCUAAACUUGAGUCUGAUACUAAUGUAAAUGUACCGCACAAAGAAAGGUCGCGAAAAGCCCCAUGGACCAAGGCUAUGGACUCGCACCUAUGGUCGACUUACAUGUUAUAUCUACAAGACCCGCGAGUAACACCGAUACGCUUAGGUAGAAGUCGUAUUCCUCCUAAUGGGGUCUGUUUGCGUGUUGCACGCGAGACUAAAAGAAGUUGGAAAGGUUCUAAAGGACAUCUAACAGUGGAUAUGAAAAGUGGAAGCAACACCCCUACCGCAGAGUCCGCCAAACCAUAUAUUGAAUGGCCCCAUACGUGUGCAGCUACCCGAGCUCACCUACGUGAACUUUGUAGGAUGAAGGCCACGGCUAGUCCAGGGCGAUACAUGUCCCGGAGUCCUACACCCUUUCACAAGACGGCUCAUCGUCGCUGGAACCGAAAACCAGUCCCAGCUCAGUCAUCUGCAGCAUUUUCUGCUCGCGAUAUGGCCUUUUCUUUAGCAGUCAGCACUUCGGAUACUAUGAAGCUUGAUGCUCCUCUCGCUCAACUCACAGGUUCCGAAAGUGAACCCUUUCCAGAAUUCACCAAGGAUGCUGAGACUAUCGUUAGACAAGCACUCCCGUCUCCGGAACUUCCCCGUCUCCCAUCUCCGGUCAUGGCUAAGAGCUAUGGCCCAAGCUCAUCAUCCUCCUUUGUUGCUGAUAUAACCCCGCCACGGCAAUCAAAUUCUCUAGGCUCUCGAAAGAUUCUCAAGUCACCUGUUCGUUUAACUAGGUCGCGCUCGGGAACACAAAAGCGGAGGUCAGUUAAGGACGUUGAGGACCUACCGCGAAAGCGACCGAGCCUGGCAGCCGCUUUUUGGAAAGAAGCUUCGGAAAAGGACGAUUGCGGAGAGCCUUCUACUUCAUCAGUUUUGCACACCAUCUCAGCUGCAGCGCCUCAAGACCCAUUUGUGCAACCACGUCGCCUAGGAUCUCCAUUCUCUGGCGCAGGUUCUAGCUACAGUUUCCCUAAUAGACUAUCAGCACCAAUUAAUUUCAAUUUAACAGCUUUACGCCGACCUUUUGCGACUGUACAGCAGCCAAUCAGGGAACGUUCAGAAGCACGAUCGCCAUCUAGACCAUCGUUGGCGUCUCGAUUGGCUUAUCUCGAUCAACGACUAAGAGAAUUACGAAACCGCGGCAGCGAUCGCAGACGUUCUCAAUCACCCCCUUCAUGA